AUGUCGCUCCUGCAGGCCGUCAAAUACCAGCGAGGCAAGCUCGAGGUCCUGGACCAGCUGCUUCUCCCCCACGAAUUCCGCUAUGACACCGUAUCGACAAGACAAGAGGCCUUUGACAGCAUCGCCACCAUGCGAGUGCGAGGCGCCCCGGCCAUCGCCAUCGUCGCCAGCCUGGGCCUCGCCGUCGAACUGCACAACAACUCCGUUUCAGGCACUUCCGACGGCGAAGUGAUUGCGCAGAUUGACGAGGCGUUGGACUACCUCAAGGAGAGCAGGCCGACAGCCGUCGAUCUGACCAACGCCAUCAACCAGCUCAAGGCGACCAUUCGGACGGCCGACGGAAAGGGCAAAGAGGCCAUCGUGCAGGCCUUCAUCGAAGAGGCGGAGAGGAUAUUCGAAAAGGACCUGCAGAGCAACCUCUCGAUAGGCGACCACGGCGCACAAUGGCUCCAGGCAAGGGCUGGCGCUUCGCCUGACCACAAGAUCUCCGUCCUGACGCACUGCAACACUGGCGCGCUCGCCACCUCGGGCCACGGAACCGCGCUCGGAAUCAUUCGCACCCUCCAGUCCAAGGGGUACCUGAAGCACGCCUUCUGCACCGAGACUCGGCCAUACAACCAGGGUAGCCGAUUGACGGCGUUCGAGCUCGUCCACGAGGGCAUCCCCAGCACGCUCAUCACAGACUCCAUGGCCGCUGCUCUCUUCCGAACCAAAAAGGCAGAGAACAACAUCGCAGCCGUCAUAGUGGGUGCUGACCGUGUCGUCCGCAACGGCGAUACCGCCAAUAAGAUUGGCACCUACCAGCUGGCCGUGCUGGCCAAGCACCACGGAAUCAAGUUCAUCGUUGCCGCCCCGACAACGAGCAUCGACCUGGAGACCAAGACUGGCGACGGUAUCAAGAUUGAGGAGCGUAAGAGGGAAGAGUUGACACAGAUCUCGGGCGCAGUCGUCGGACCGGAUGGUCGCGUCGAUGGAAACAACAAGGUCCGAGUUGCGACGGCCGACCAGCGAAUCGACGUCUGGAACCCUGCGUUUGAUGUCACUCCCGCAGAGUUCAUCGACGUGGUCGUGACGGAGAAGGGUGCUGUUGAGAAGGGACCUGAUGGCACCUUUGACUUGAGCCAGAUUCUGCCUGAGCGAUGGGCGAAGCUGGUUGGUUAA